GUCUUCUCAACUCAAUUGUGCGAAGAGUUGAGUCCGAUUAAAGGAGUCGAUUCCCACCCACAAAUCGAUCUCCAAUCCAGGGAGGGAGGCCGCCGUACUUGCGCCUUCCAAUCUACUGCACGCUCCGGCCACCCAACUGAUCCAAUUGUUAUGAUCAAAAUUGCAGUUGCUGCAACAGCUGCAGCCCUGGGAUUAGCUUAUCUAGCUCUAACAAAACCUCGCCCUCCCAACGUUUGUGGGUCACCAUGUGGUCUUCCAGUGACCUCACCAAGGGUUAAACUCCGCCAUGCAAAAUGUAGAGUGCUCUACUCAGCAGCUGCUGAGGAAACACCUUCCCUUCAUCGUGUUGCCAAUAGUAAUACUAAAACAAAGGAGAGCAGCGGGGAACCCUCCAAAUUCAUUUGUGCUAUCUGUUUUGAUGAAAAACCAAUGCCUGAUAGGUUUAAAUAUUCCGAGUGUAAUCACAUCUUUUGUGUACCCUGCAUGACCAAGUACGCCGCAACCCAGAUGCACCAAAACAUUCUAAAGAUCAUAUGCCCGAACCCAAAUUGCUCCUCGGAAUUGAAACCAAUACAUUUUCAGACGAGUUUGCCUCUCGAAGUUAUUGAUAGAUGGGAAACUGUAAGAUGUGAGUCUUUGAUUGCUGAGUCUCAGAAGACUUACUGCCCCUUUAAGGAUUGUUCGGUUUUGUUGGUGGAUGAUGGAGGAGAAGUUGUGACCAGUGCUGAGUGCCCAUCGUGUCAUCGGCUGUUUUGUGCACAAUGUCGGGUUCCAUGGCAUGGAAUGAUGACUUGUCAGGAAUACCAAAAUUCGAAGAGAAGUUGAAAAAAUGAAAGAGAAUUGGAUAGCAAGUUUUUCAAGUUGGCCGAGAAGGAAAGUUGGCAAAAAUGCCCCAUGUGCAAAUUUUUUGUGCAGAGACACAGUGGAUGUGAACACAUUAGAUGCAGGUGUGGUUGCGACUUCUGCUACCAUUGUGGGAAGAUUUGGAUAGUUGGACAUGUAUGCAAGAAGUGCCAUUCUGCUUGAAGCUUCAGGUAAACAUGAUUUUACGUAGGAAUUAUAUCGAUUUCGAUAUUAGAAGUAAGCAUCUGUCGGUGAAACUCACCAUGCUACAUAGGUAAACAAGUGAUCUGAGAUUUGAAUUUUUGGACGAUUUCAUUAAGAAGUUUAGUUGGACAUGUCUUUGUAAAUGAUGCCAAAGUAAGAGCCGCAAAAAUUCAGACUGUCUCGAAAUGAAGAUAGAUUGAAAGACUUAAACUAACUGAUAUUGGGAACCAAUCCAGACAAAUUGUUAUAUGAGAAGUCAACUGAAGCAUUUUUGCAAAUGAAGAUGAAAUGUUCCCACACAUGAUUCCGAGAAAGAUUUAGAUAGUUUAAGGACUCCAUACUUGUGAUUUUGGUAGGAAUUUCACUAGAUAAAUAAUUAUUUGAUAAAUCCAUUGCCUUCAGCUUCUUCCAAGACCCUUUUUCCUCCGGUAUAACUCCGGGGAAAUGGUUGCUGCUGAGAUUGAAGUGACCGAAAUACUUCAUCUAGUAGAUCUUAGCAGGAGUGUUCUGCCUGCUGGAAUAUGAAGUAUCUCACCCACCUCAAUCUCGCUGGCAACAAUUUUACUAGAGUAAUACCGUGGAAAAUAGGAUAUCUGAAGAGGCUAAAGGCAAUUGGUUUAUCAAAUAAUUAUUUAUCCGUUGAAAUUUCUACAGAGAUCACUAGUAUAGAGUCCUUAAACUAUCAAAAUCUUUUUCAAAAUUACCUAAGAGAGAGCAUUCCAACUUCAUUUGCCAAAAUGUUGAGUUUAACCUCAAUUGACUUUUCAUAUAACAAUUAGUCUAAAUUGGUUCUCAAUGUCGGCCAGUUGAAUUCUUUCAAUCUAUCUUCAUUUCGAGGCAAUCUAAAUCUCUGUGGCUCUUACUUCAACAUCAUUUGCAAAGACACGUUCAGCCAAACUAAUGUGAAAGAGGGAUUAUCAUUGUCAAAGAAACUUUAAAUUGUGGUUGGAUUUCUUACAAGGACCUCUGAGCGAGUGUUUCCCAGGUCAGUACCCUGAGAUGGUGUUUUCUAGAGUUUUUACCUUCAAGCUAGUGUUAUUUCUAGAGUAUAUCUCCAGGCUGGUGUUUUCUGGAGUUUACUCUCGAGGUGGUGUUACUUG